UCCAAGCCCAAAACCAACUUCACAAAAAACACUUCUUCGCAACUCACCCACCAAAGCCUCCCAUCUCUUCCCAAAUCAAUGGCUACUAACUCCUUCUCUUUCAGGGGAUCAAAGCUCCGGCCAUGGCACCGGUGUCCGAAGCAAAUCAGGGAGCAAAAGGCCAGGCUCUACAUCAUAUGGAGGUGCACUGUCCUGCUUCUCUGCUGGCACGACUGAUCGGUCGGCAAUCCGCCAGUCUCGGUGAAGAAACCGAGUUUGAGGUUUGACACUUGAAAAGGAUUUAGAACAUAGGAUGGCCAGGGAGAUCGAUGGCUUUUGUAUAGUAAUUGUAAGUAGUAGUGUUUUUGGCUUGUGUUUGUAAAGGCUCAGAUGUGAAAUGUACAGAAGAUACAUUGCUGAUAAUAUACGGUUCUUUGGAUUGAUUUUUUGCUA